GAAGAAGAAAAAAAGAUGAGAAAUUUUUUUUUUUUAAAGGAAUUCGAACGAUUCAAAAAAAAACCAUUCUUUUUAAUUUCAGACACGCAAGUUCGGUUGGACCUGGUGGAGCAUAUUCCUCAUGUGGCGACGAUCUGCCAAGAAUCUCCUCAUCUAUUCGACAAUGUCGUUCACGAUCAUUUGCUCGGUAUCAUUAUCAAAUAUCUACAGGAUCAAGAUAACCAGGCCCAGGUACGAAUGACAGCCCAGACAGCGGUGUUAACGUUAACGAAGAAGGGAGUUCUCGACAACACCACGAUCGAGGUCAAACUGUGUCCCGUAAUAGAAACCCUCUGUAGGUCCGUCGAUUUCCUUAGCUCUGGCAUCUCCCUCAUGUGCAAGAUGGCGCCGCUCAUUGGCAAAGAGAUGACGGAAAAGAUUUUUCUGGAUAGAUAUAUCGCUCUCUGCAAAGACAAAGAAUUUUAUACGAGAAAAAUCUGCGCGUCGCACUUUGGCAAACUUUGCUCCGCUGUCGGGAGGAAAACCCUUUUCCGAAAAUUGUUCCCGGUAUUUGUCGAUCUGUGUUGCGAUACAGUGUGGGGUGUCCGAAAAGCGUGCGUGGACGUUAUGAUGCCAGUUUCGUGCUGUAUGACUCUUCAACACCGUCGAUUAUUAUUGGCAGAUCUUCUUGCCACGCAUCUUAACGACGAUUCGAAAUGGGUGCGAAUGUCUGCCUUUCAAAUUUUAGGACCAUUUAUAUCCACGUUCGCGAAACAAUUUACCGAAGUAACUUAUAAUCAACACGGUGAAUUGGUAUUUACCAGUCAACAAGAUACUCGUUUCAGUAUAAGGUAUUUGUACGAAGGGAUAUUUCCCACUAAAUGCGCGAUACGGAGUCAUACGCUCGACGCGGAGGAUCAUAAUUCUAAGGAUAACUUCAAUUUAUCUGUGAUAAUACAAAAACCAAUUUUCGAAGAAGACGAUGACGAGGACGAGUCUCAGGAAGAUCAUAUUUCAAGAAUGAGAGCUUAUAAAUCGAAGAUACAGAGAAAGCAUCUAAAAAAUGACAAAGAUGAUCAAAAUACAUUGGACGACACGGAAAAUUUCAACCCAUUCCUGUACUAUUACAUAGCACCGGAUCUUCCAUUGGACGACGAACUUGUCGAAGCUGCGAAAAAAUCCGCGGCGCAAAAUAAUGUAAAUCGGAAACAGCCGUUGAUCGGUGUUACAGCCUCUAGCAAAGCAUCGUUGUUAGAUAACAUGUUAAAAGAGGACAAAUAUUCGACGGACAAAUUCGAUGUUAUCAAUUUCAACGAUCAAGAGAUCGUUCCUCAGCAUUUGAUCGAUUCGUUCUUGUCGAUGGCUGAGCCAGAACAAUGUUCGGACAUGGGCACGGAUAUUCCUCAUCAUUGCGCUUUUAGCUUUCCCGCGGUUGUGCUCACGUUAGGGAAAGAAAAUUGGCCAUAUUUGAAGCAAGCUUACCAAUCGUUGGCAAGUGCCAAUCAAUGGAAAGUGAGACGCACGCUAGCCUCCAGUAUCCAUGAAAUCGCUAUUAUUCUUGGAGAGGAACUUACCGUCACUGAUCUUGUUCCGAUCUACGAUGGAUUUAUCAAAGAUCUAGACGAGGUGAGAAUAGGUGUGCUCAAGCAUCUAGCGACAUUUUUGAAAAUACUCAAACCGACCGAUCGCCGCCAAUAUUUGCCAAGACUGAAGGAAUUCCUUUCCACCGAUACCGAGUGGAAUUGGAGAUUUCGAGAAGAGUUGGCUACUCAAUUGUUAGAAGUUGUGAAUCUGUUUAAUCCCGCGGACGUAGAACGGCACAUAGUAUCAUUGUCUCUCGAGUUAUUGCGCGACAAAGUUGCUGCUGUGAGAUACGUUGCGCUUUCUUUGGUUACGCAAAUAGUAGCUCAUCUGUCUGACAACGAACGUCACGUAACGGCCCUAUUUCAAGAGCUUAGAUUUUCCCUUGUAUAUGCAAAAAAAUGGAUCAGAAGGCAAACGUUCGCUUUUGUAUGCGCCAAAUUAAUAUCCAGCAACGCUAUCAGUGGGGAUAGAUUUUCCCAGGAAAUGUUACCUAAUUUGUUAAAAUUAUCCACCGACAAAGUACCAAACGUGAGAUUAGUUGUAGCGAGAACUUUAUCGAAGAACGUUAUUCCUAUGGGAUAAUGGUUGGGAGUCGAACAGGCGGAGGAAGUAGAGAAAAGACUCAGAGAGAUGAGAUCGGAUCCGGAUAGAGACGUUCGAAUGCUAGCCGGUGGCGAGGAGAAUUCUGUAUUAGAUAUAUUGUCGCAAACGAAAACCGAACAAUCGAACAAGAACAUAAUGUUUUAAACGAACUCGAACGAGGAUCAAGUUCUAAUUAUUUCCUGCCACGUGAAACAAUUUUAUAUCGAACUCUGCCAAGUGAAAGAAUGAUGAAGAAGAAAGGAUGAAAGUGUUCUUCCACGUGUCAAUUAUUCUUUGUAAAUGUAAGAGGAAAAUUAAUUGGAUGGAAGAAAUAACAAUUUUGUUUUGUAUCGAGAAAACGAAUGAGAAAGUUUCUUCGAGGAAUAAGCUGGUGUAUUUGUGAUGUAAAGAGAGAAAAGAAAGAAAAAAAAAAAAAAAAAAAAAAAAAAAAGAAAAAGAAAAGAAAGGAAAAAAAACGAGCUCAAGUUUUACAGAAGCGAACAAACAAAAUGUAAUACCAAUUUAGUGCAGUUAAGAUAGAAAAAGUGCAACUUAGCGUUGUUGUUGCAACCAAGGGACCGAUGCCCUUUUAGAUUAUAAGACAGAUUAUAAAUAUCAAUGGUUAAAAGACAUUGCACAGUUAUAUAAGAGUGUGUGUGCGUGUUUAAAAAGAAGUGAACAUACACUGCCACUCAAAAGUAUUAGGACAUUCAAUUGUAAUAAAUACUUGUAAAAAGUUAUGAAAUCAUCGAAUACUGAAAUUUCACUAAAUUUUAUGUACUCUAUUUUGUACCGUAUUAGAGAGAAUAUAUUUUACCGAUAAUUCCUUAAAUAUUUCUCGCCAAUAAUAAUAAAUAAUUAUAUUAUCGUCUCAUAUAUCGGUAUAUCAACUGCGUAUUCUUAUAAUUGCGUCCACAAAUCUAGUAAUAAUCGUAAUAUGGAUUUUUUUUUUUUUUUCUUCUCUCUCCCCCCCUCAUAAUCUUCUCGGGAUUAAUUUUAUUUCUAGAAAUUCACGAAAUUUUCUUCAAUUUGGAAUAUUUUUUUUUUUAACUUAAUUUGUUCAUCUCGAUAGACUCAUAAUUUUUUAUACUGUUUCAAAUUAAGAGAAAACGAAUAAGAUUGCUAAGAUCUUCAUAUUUUUAAUAUCGAAACUUUUUUGUAAUAAGUGUAAAUAAUGUCUAAUGUCACCGUAUUCAGGAUCUUUCUCUUCCUUUUUUUUUUUUCUUCUUUCCUUUCUCGCUUCCUGCCUUCCUCCGAUAUCUUAAUAUGUUUGCGUUUUAUUCUUAUCACAAUAUCCCCGGUAAGCGGGUAUUUUUGUCCUUGAUCAAGUCCAUUUGUCGAACGAUCCUUUUCCGUUUUAAACUUAGAUUCAUCGAUAUAUAAUAUUUUUUCCAGUUUUGUCAAUAUUCAGUGUGAGUAACGUAACACGCUUGUUCUUCGUCACAGCGUUGAAGAUAUCAUCUUGAAAA